AUGGGUGUCGCCAUGACAAUCGCCGUCGCCAUCGUCGCCCUCGCGGUGCUGGCGCCUCUUCCCCUCCUUCCAGGAACUCAUGCGGCCAAGGUCAAAGGCUCACAAAUGACGGUGCUGCAGGCGCUGAUACAAGAGUGGGGCAGGUUCAACGGCAGUGCGACGUGGACGCCUGCCACUGACUGUGACAAUAUGGAGGGCCUUUUCUGCAAUCCCGGUGGCGAUGUCACUGCCAUGUGA